UGAAUUGAGGUUCCUUAAGGCGACGCUGGAUUCACUGGUCGCCGAUCGGCGGGGCUGUUCUGCGACGUGGCAGUCUUUUUGGCAUUGCGGGAAGAACACCAGCGACGCGUGAUUCUUGGGCAUUCGACGACUUAUACUAUAUCUUGACGACUUGGACGACAAAUUGAGCUUCUUAUUCACGCUUGGUUUAUAGAACCAAAACGACAAAAUGGUCGCCAAAUCAACUGUUACCGGUUUGACCGGCACUACGGGAUGGACUGGAACGAGCUUCACAAGAUCGUCAAUGACCUACGAUGGGCCUCCGCCAUCUACACAUGUUCGAACAUACAACUGGCCUCCUCUCCAAUUGAAUUUCUGGAUCUUUGUUAUCCUCCUCGCGUCGACGAGCAUCAUUGGCGUGUUCGCGACAUUUAUACAGAUCCAGACUCAACUUGAGCUUGGAAUUCCAUGGUACUUUCCCUACUUCAUCACCGUCGGUUCACUCUCGAUUCUCUUUAUUCUCGGUAUUUUCUGGCUCAUCGCCCAACGACGCCUCCUCCCCGCCAUCGUAAUGGUCGGCGGUUUCAUGUUCUUUAUACUCUGGCUCGUUGGUCUUGUCGUCGUAGCGAUACAGUUAUUUGGACCGGAUGGAUCUAUUCAGAGUGUGUGCGAUGUUCAAGUCUUUGGAAAGAAUCCCAAGGGCACGAGCAUGGCGACGAUGGCGUGGCUCCAACAACGAAAUAUCUGUCAAUCAUGGCAGCUUGUCUUUGCGAUGGCUCUGACUGGUACUGUCUUCUUCGUCUGGGUUAUGAUCAUGGCGUACCAAGUCUUUGUCAACUCAUAACCAGUAAAUGAGGGAAAUACAGAGAGGGGAUAAUUGGAUUAAUGACGAAGUUACGAAGCAUGGCAUGAAGCCUGGAGUUGCAUGAUUGUUAUAAUAUGUUUGUUUGCAUUGGAUGGAGUUGGAUUGAACAGAACAUGGGGCAUUUACAGGCAUUCUAUCGGAAUAGUAUAGACGAGAUCAUUAAUUGGUACUACAGUAUGCACAUCA